GGCCUCAAAGCCCUAACGGCGGCCCCCCAAGACUUCAUAAUCCGCUUUCAACAUGGGAAGGAUAAAGCAGCAACUCUAGCAGCGGUCAAAGACUGCGCCACAUACACAUUUGAAGCAAUGACACCUUCAUAUUUUGCGGAUCUAUCUGGGGGCACUCUAGCCUGGAGGAGGACCCUGAAGCCAUUUACCUCGCUCCUCAGACACCAUGGCAUACCAUACAGAUGGCGCCUCAACCGCUCCAUACUCGUCAUGAAGGGUGAAGACAAACACGAAGUCUAUGAUCUUCAGGGAGCACAGGACCUGCUGCCUAUGCUGGGACUUCCUCAAGAUGCUAUGCAGCACACAGCACCUCAUGACUCCACCGGACCACUGCACAGUUGGGACCCAGAGAGGGUGACAGCCUUUGUACCGAGACAACCCAGACAAGGCUCCUAUGCUGCAGCCAUCACAUGA